AUGCUCGACGCGCUGAACCCCGAGCAGAGGAAGGUGGUCACGGACGUGCUCGACGGCACCGCCGCGGCCGUCGCCAGUCGCCGUGCGCGCAUCGGGCCUCCGUACUGCGUGCUGGGUCCUCCGGGCACGGGAAAGACGUUGACGGUGGUCUCGGCGGCGGCGGCGGUGCUAGAGUCGGAUCCGAACGCGAGAAUCCUGCUCUGCGCCCCGGCCGCGUUCGCGGCGGAUGUCCUGUGCAGUCGACUGGCCGACGCCAGCCUGUUGCACGCGGACCAAACCGCAAACUCGAGGUGUUUCACGCACAUCUUCAUCGACGAGGCUGGGCAGGCGACCGUGCCCGAGUCCCUCGUGCCCCUUCGUCUGGUCACGCUGAAUUGUAAGGCGGUGGUGUUGGCGGGUGACCCUAUGCAGCUCGGGCCGGUGGUUCACAGCGGGGUCGCGGCUCGGGGAUCCGCCGACGGAAUACUUCGCAGCGGACUGAUGACCUCGCUGCUGGAGCAGGCGGCGGCGCAUCACGCCCACCCGCAGGCGCGCGCGACCGUUCAAGCUCGGUGCAUGCGGCUCGUCCGCAACUACAGGUCGCACAAAGACAUCAUCGACCUGCCGAGUAAGCUGUUCUAUCGCAACUCCUUGGUGGCGUGCGUGGACGAUUCGGCCAACUCGAAACCCCCGCCGAGACUGGCGAGGGUUCUCUUCUACGGCGUUCGCGGGCGACAGGCGCGGGAGGGCAGCGGCGAGGCUCCCUCCUUCUUCAACGCGGUCGAGGCCCAGGAGCUGGUGAACCUGGUGGAAACGUGGCUGAGCCGAGGAGGAGGAGGCUCGAACGACGACGACGCGGACGACGACGGGCUCAAGGUUUCCGACGUGGGCGUCGUCGCUCCGUACCGGUCGCAGGUUAUUCGCGUGCGCAACCUGCUCAGAGCCAGAAACCUCGGAGCCGUCCGGGUCGGGACGGUGGACGACUACCAGGGCCAGGAGGAGAAGGUGAUGUUCAUCAGCACGGUGGUCGCCGGGGAGGCGUCGGUGGCGGGCCUCGCGCUCGGCUUUUUGGCGUGUCCCCGCCGGUUCAACGUCGCGAUAUCCCGCGCCAGGGCGCUGAACGUGGUGGUCGGUCACCCCGUGGCGCUCACGCACUGGCCGCACUGGCACUCGCUCCUGCAGCACUGCUACAGUCGGGGCGCCUUCCUCGGGAGCGGAUCGGAGUUCAUACCGAGGCUCGGCGGCGGCCGGGAGAACGUGGACCCGGCGUUGGACUCCGUCGUCGGCGACGUCGAGCCCGACGACGAGGCCGACUUCGAGGAACUGAAGCGGGCGGUGGACAGGAUGGCGGAGAUGAGCUUGUUGGGGGGCGGGGAUGACAUGUGGCCGGACGACGGCGACAUGAUGGCGAGCGCGUUCCAGGAGGACCGCGAGUGGCGCGUGGCCCUGUAG